AUGACCGCCCCCUAUCAGAAUAUUUUAGGGAAAACGGACCCUAUGAUGGUGGCUCGUCAGAAUCUAAUUCGUAUGGCAAAUAUUCCAAGUACCGGCUAUACCACACAGUAUUCUUCUCCAGACACUCUACUUGCCAUCUUCAAAUGCAUUUACUCAGACACUCUACCGUCCCACUACCCGGACCUUAACGUGCAGCUCUCAUCUUAUGCCAAAAUGCGACUCGGGUUUUAUGCCGAUGAGACAAAUGCUGUGCCCACUGUUCCUCUUGGUGAAGAUGACACGUCGUAUCUCUAUGGACGAAACACCAAUAAAGAGGCAAAUUUACUGGAACGUCAGAAAAAGUGGCUCGUGACUUUGGCUUGGAGUGCGCGCGAAGCCUCUGUGGUACCCCUGCAACGUGGAACCGAAUUUUUUGUCGAAGACGCAGUGUACACUGCAGACUAUAUGGUUGCACUAUCUCACGAAUGGAUGACUUAUUCCUCUCAACCUAACAAUGAGCGUCCCAUCAAUGUGACUGAAGUCACUGUUACCAAUACGUGGUUUAAAAGAUCGGAUGAUGAUACCAUUUGCCGCAUAACUGGACAUAAGAGCCAUGCAUUCAUUUUAUCCAACUCCAAGUGGCGUCUUGGAGGAGUCGGGUAUCCUGGCACAGAAUCUCUUAAGGCCACCUAUGGCCAACCUCCCAUCAACCCUAAUCAACUCCCACUUGUCACAUUUCCACAAACUCCUCCUAAGUUUAUAUAUGAGUAUAGUGUGCGUCCAGUGGCUCCAGAAAAUCAACUAUAUGUCACAAGCAUUUGGGAUGUGACGAACCAGACGUGGAAAUUACUUGGUAUAUUUUUAGCCCCUGAAGACAUUUUUUACCACCUAGACCAGCCUUGGAAGUCGACCCCUUACUUGGCUGACGAUCUUUACCUCGAGUCCAAAAUUGAGCAAGAUAGCCAGAGAUUUACUCCAAACCAUACAGUCAAAAGCCCCAUGAUUUCACCAUCAGUAUUUGACGGACCAGGACUUGGAAUUACAGCUCAAGAGCAACCCUUUGCUACAACUAAAAUGGGAUUGUCUCCGCAGCUGAUUCCGCAGCAAAUUGUAGCUGAUAAAAACGACUUUUCAACUUUACCUAAAAUUAAUAUUAUUGAGCCGACGCCAACUUCAAGUAUAAUUUUCAAACAACCUGCUAAUGAACAUAUAUCUUCAAGGAAGAGUUUAUUCGAAACCACUGUUUUGGAAGAAGAAGAAGAUGAUGAUGAUACGGAAUCUGACGGAGAAAGACCUCACAUGGCAAGUGAUAACGAUAUCAGGGCAUUGCAUGAAAAACUUGAAAAGGUGGCUUUCGAUGAUGCAACAGGGACCGAAGAUGAAGAUGACUAUGAUGACGAGGAAGAUAUGUCAUACUAUGAUCGGUAUGAUAAGUCUUCAGAUGAAGAGGGAAGUGCUCCUAAGUCAACCAAGGGGCCUUUGCAUCCUAAAGUGACGAUGGAAACACUAGAUGAAGAUGACGAUGAUGAAUAUUUUAAGGCAUACGACAAUGUAGAGACUGCAUUGAAUGGUGACUUUAGUCAGGAGCGAUUGGAAAUGCUUAAAGACGGGUUUCGCACAAUGCAUGGGGUUCCUCCUAAAGCGGACCAACAGCCAAAGGAAGUGUCAGUACCGGCUUUUCAUUCAGAUACUCGAGUAAUUUCAUCACAGAAUCAACCGCCGCUUGCUGUUGAGAAGCCUGCAGCUGUCAAAGCUCGAACGCCAACACCACCAUUACCAAGACAAAUUCCCUCUAUGAGUGAUACCGACAAUGAAACAGAUAUAUCAGCUGAGUUCCCUGGGAGUUUCCCUCGUGUGUCGAAAAGUGUGGCAACUCCACCUCAUAAGACGUUGGCAAGUAAACAGCGCGAACCACCAGGGGCUCCACAUCAACCUGAGCAUGUGUCGCGGCUGCGGUCUGGGUUUGGUGAAAGCAAUGAGUCAGACCAUGAAAUUAGGCGCUGGCUUUCUGGCAAGGGAAAGUCUGUAACCCGGAGCCGGACGUUUCCUCAACAAAUUUCAUCGACAAAUGUGGGGUCUGAACCUGUAAGCUCAGUGUCUCCACCACCACCACAACUAAUACAGCCAUCUACCGAGGCUUCGAAACAAAUAAUGGAGAGUCAUAUUAAAACAACUAUUGGCAGUUUGUAUCAAGUGGCCAGAGCACAUGGAAUAAACAUUACAAGUUUCUUAAGCAUGGCAUUAGACGCAGCUUCGCAAGCAGACAAGGAGUCCACGGAAGUGAGAUCAAAAAAAUGA